GGAAAUUUUUCUUGCAUUUGCAGACCCCACGAAAUGUUUACCCCAGUUUUCCAAAUAGCGGUAUAAUAAUCUACGAAAGUUUAACAUUAAUUAUUGAAUAUGUUAGCUGCUUGGUGCUUAUUGUACUUAGUGGUGCUGCUGCUGGCAGUGAAGUAUGCGUACAGAGCGUACGCAGGCCGCUGCUACUCCACCAACAGACUUGACGGCAAACUUGCCAUCGUUACCGGAGCCUCUGCAGGCAUAGGAGCAGAGACAUGUUUGGACUUCGCCAGGAGAGGGGCGCGCGUCAUCAUGGCCUGCAGAAAUUUAGAAAAAGCCCAACGAGUCGCUGCCAAUAUAAAGAGAAUGUCUGGAAAUGAAGCGGUAACUGUGAAGAAACUGGAUCUUGCGUCACUGGCUUCCGUUCGUGCGUUCUGCAACGACAUCCUUAAGACCGAGACUGCCUUGCACAUCUUGGUAAACAACGCCGGAAUUGGUGGAUCUGUGCAGAAGCAAAUGAGUGAAGAUGGAUUCGAGUUAACCAUGGCAUCCAACCACUACGGUCACUUCUUACUCACCAACAUGCUAGGCAAGCUACUGAAGAACGGAGCUCCAAGUAGAGUGGUGUGCGUGGCUUCCCUUGCUUACUUCUGGACUGGAAAAAUGGAUGUUGAGGACUUGAACUUCAGAAACAUUCCAUACGGCGACUACAGAGCUUACAGCCUCAGCAAACUGGCCAACAUCCUCAUGACUCGAGAACUGGCGAGAAGACUGGAGGGGACUGGUGUAACUACGUACUCCGUACACCCCGGCUUCGUGGCCACCGAAAUAUUCCACAAGAACUCGGUGAUGGUGGCAGACUGGUUUGCUAACUUCAUGUGCUUCAUGGGUAAGAGUGCUGAGCUGGGCGCACAGACCAACAUCUACUGUGCAGUAGACGAUGCAGUAGCACACCAGAGCGGCCGUUACUACAGUGACUGUAGGGAGCUACGGACCUACAGGCUGGCCAACGACGACAGCCUCGCCGCUAAACUCUGGGCGACCAGUGAACGCGACGUCAAACUUGCGCCUCAUGAGGCCAAUAUAUAACUCUGCACAACGGGGGACGUCAAACUUG